AUGGCGUUCCAGUCAACGUUUAUAUCAGUAGCAAAUAGCACUAUUGAUCAUAACUCAAGUUGGAUAUACUUAGUGGAUUGGAUUUUGGCGCUUAUCUUGGGACUUGCAUUUGUCUUCUAUUUUGGAAGAUUGGUUGGAUUUGUGUGUUCACUAGCACUCAAAUGGAUAAUAUGGAAGAAGUACGAAGUGAGGAUUAAUGUCGAAUCGUUGCGAAUAUCUCUUCUAGGAGGGCGUAUAUUAGCAAAGAAUUUAACCAUAACAACGGUCGACCAAACAAUAUCAGUGCUACAAGUUAACUUUACUUGGAGAUACUGGAUCUCUAAAUUAACAAGGGUUUCUGAAUACUACUUCAGUGAAAAUAAUUCUGAGCUGAUUCAGACUACACGAGAAGAAAAUGAAAAACUUCUGGCUAGGUUUACAUUAUUACUAGAUGGCUUGGAAAUCUUUAUGUAUAACCGAACUCCCGCUUACGACAACAUGAUGGACAUAUUGAAGGAACACGAGAAGACAGCGGAAGGAGACGAGAAAGAACUCUUAAGAAAUAACAGAAAUGAUUCGGAUGAAGAAUAUCAUCAAAAUAUACAGACAAACAAUUCCAACAGUUCGUCAUCGAAGGAAAACAUGUCCAAUGGAGACAGCAAAACGUCUUCUGCUUCAAUUCCUCCAAAAGAGGGAGGAAAUAUCUGUGGGAAUGCUGCUUCUAAUAAACAGUUUUCUUUGUAUUUCUUUUUGAAAGUUUUACCUGUCCAUAUUAGAAUCAAGAGGGGGGCUAUUGUAUUGGGUAAUAUUACGACGCCCUCUAUAUUAGUUGCAUCUUAUAAAAUGGGAAAUGCCAUUGUUGAUGUUUCUCAGGCACCUUGUGUUCUUGACAAUUAUAGAUUUUUUUACAAUUUUAAUUUUGAACGAUUUCAGAUUUCUAUGAAGCCUAAUAUUACAUACGACAAAUUCAAAUAUUCCAGCCCUAAUGAUUUUCCAAACUACUCUCCAGUGGGUAAUAGGAAUAAAAAACAAAAUGCAAAUAAUAAGAAGAAAUACGAGCAAUGGUAUCGUUUUAAUCAGGCUGUCAAUUCGAUAAGUUAUCUAAUAAAAAAGCCGUUUAGCAGGAAUAAGAAACGAACUAAGGGUGACGAUGAUACCCAUUUUCAGCAAUGGAAAGGUCUAAGACGAUAUCUUGGUGACCUGGCAGAGGGACAGGACUUUUUAGGAUAUAUUAAUACAGAUGAGGAAUACGCUAAAUAUAGUUUGAUUUUAGAUUCAUCUUGUACAAGGAUGUCGUAUUACUAUGAUUGCCCUGGUAUAACUCCUUUGAAUUCCAAUUUGUCAAAAACAGAGAUGAAGGAUCCAGAAUUUGGUGUAGAUAUGGAGUUGUCAAUGGCAACCAUCCAUUACGGACCUUGGGCUGAUAGACAAAGAGCUCCAUUACAGUCUAUGUUUUUUCCAACAUUAGCUCGCGACUCGAAGCCAAAUGAAGAACAUAAUAUUCCGGGUAAAGUUAGAGGCUAUAAUGGGUUCAAUUUUUUAUUAACAGUUAAAGAUCAGGUAAUCUUUAGAGUCCCAACCAGAGAACCCAGUAAACAUACGGAAACCUUGCGUAACCAAAAUUCGACUAAUGUACAUAAUCAAGCAGGUAAGGUUAGUAGACCAUUUGGCUGGCUUGAACUAAAUAUGAAAGAGGGAUCCAAUAUUAAUUUUUUUAAUUCAUAUGUGGCUUCCAGAGACAAUGGUUGGAAUAAUGAAUUGAAAGCUGUUUUCCACUCCUUUGAAAUGAGAUCAUCUGUGAAUCAUGAUAUAUUGUUCAUGGCUGAUAAACAUAGCAUUGACUGCAAAGUUGGAUUUCCGUUAAAAUGGAAUGGCAAAUGUGAUUGGAUUUUCGAUAAUAUCAGUGAUAACGGGAAAUUGUUUUUUCUCAGAGAACAUACAAUGUUAAUUUCAGAUAUUUUCACUGACUUUGCAUCUGGCCCUCCGCUUCCUUAUGAGUUGUUUAGGCCAUUUCAUUAUCAUAUAAAUUGGAAGUUGAAUACCUACAAACUUUACUUGAAUGUCAAUGAUAAUAAUAUCAUUAAUAAUCCUUUGGAUUUCAGUAGCAACAAGUAUCUUUCUUUUCAAGGUGAUGAUUUGAGUUGUGAAGUAUCAAUUCCACUUUAUGGACAAUUUUCAAAGUCGACAACUAUCGAUUACAACAUAAACACUUCAUUCACUAAAUUUAUACUCGACACGCCUCAAUGGCACACAGCAAAUGCUUUCAUGAAAUCCAAUGUAAUAGGUAAAAGCAGUGACUUCACAAUCAAUGGUUCUUACACCUAUUUUAGUGAGGUUGAAAUUAACACAUCUAAUCAUGUUGUAAUCAAAGUUCUUGGUGACUUCGUGACUCUAAAAUUCUAUGGAUUUGUUGUGAGGUAUUUGUUCGUCAUAAGAGAGAAUUAUCUAGGAGAUCAUAUGCAUUUCAAAACAUUUGAAGAAUAUACAAAUGAAUUGGCUAAUUCGUCGCAAACAAUGUCACAGGCUGAAGAAAGGUCUUCACAAGACUUAUCAGACGAACCUGAUAGUGUUGCCUCUAGGAGGUCACAUCUAAACUACUGGAAAAUGAUCAAGUCAGUCAAUGAUGUGGAUAUACUAUUUAUGUUUCAGGUUAGACAUGGAUUGUUAUUAUUGCCGUAUUAUUUGCAUGAUUGUUCCUCUCAUGUUGGCCUAAGGUUUGAUUCAUUUGACAUUGAUAUUCGAUUUACGAACUAUUAUUCUGAUUUGCAGGCUGACUUUUCGCCCAUAUCUUUGACAUACGUUGAUGGAAAAGGUAAUGAUGAGAUUAUUUUUAAUAUUCCAAAAUAUACGGAAUUAUUUUUGGGAGAGAAUCAGGAUGCAUCCAUUGACGGUCUUACUAUCCAUACACAUAGAAUGUUUGGAUUACCACCAAAAGAAGUCACUUACUAUUCUAAAUGGGAUUUUGCUACUGAAAUAAUCAAUAUAGAUAGUGAUGGCUUUUUUAUCCUGGCGAUUAUGACCUCACUUCGCAGCUUUGCGUUUGGAUUUAAAGAUUUGGAAAACGGAUUAAAUCCCGAAUUCCCUUUUAUUCCAAAUGCUGGUAAUUUUUCGUUUAGAUGUCCGCAUGCUCUGAUUAAUUUAAAACCAGAGAAACAUUCUGAAGAAUGUUCAUUAUUUUCAAUAGAUUUGGAUUCAAUUCUACUAUCAUUUAACGACUUGGCUAAUGAUAGGUACUCAGAGAGGCUUUCAGCAUCUAUACCACUGAUAAUAUUCAAAAUAGUUUCCAAAGCUGAAGGUGAGUCAAAAUUGUUAGGGUUUCUUGAAACAUCUCUUGUUGCGGAUAAUAUCAUGCAAAAAGAAAAAUCUUCAGAAUUUAAGAAGUUGCAACAAGAACAUAUUAGAACCAAUGAUGCUCCGUAUCACCGUUGUCCAUUUGUUUUGGAUGAAUAUGAAAGAGAUGAUGUUUAUAAUGACGCUUAUGGAUGCAUUAUGACCUCAUUGACUUUAGUUGAUGCCUCUUAUCCUUUGAAUAAAGCAUCUCACGACGAGAUAGAGGGUGAUAAUCACUCUGUUUAUGCACCAAGCUUCGAUUACAGAAAUAGCAGUGGAAGCUUUUCACUGACAUGGGAUGAUGAUUGCACAACAUUUGGAAAAAUGGCUCCGUUAACUUCUUAUAGUAUUCAUGAAUAUUCACCGGACUAUGAAAAGGAUUCCAAAUUUAAAAUUGAUAACCUAAUAUUCGACUUUGGUGAAAUCAUGGCAUUUUUCACACCUCAGUCCUUAUUUUAUAUGUACAAACUUGCAAGGUCUUUUAAUGACUAUUCUUUGACCAAAUUGAUUGAUGAUCUACACGUUGAUGUGAUACAGAAACUAAAACUUUUAAUUAGUUCCCCAUCAUUGGUAGAUAACAUCAGAUUUGUAACCCAAGAAAUUAACUUGAAGGUUGGAGACUUUGAAGUAUCUGAUCCACUGGAAGUAUUUGGUACUUCCCCAAAAGUGCCUAAUAUAAACUUGAAUAUUACAGAACCAUCUCUAGCGAUAUCACAUACAAUUAAGAGAGAUACUAAUGACCGAAUUAUGACGAAAGAAUCUGAAUUUGUGACAGCAUUUCAUUUAAAGGAGGCUCUUCUUUCUGUUUCUAGACCAUCUGAAUUUACUUCUCCGUUAAGUUUGGGUAUUAAAAACAUAGAAUUUUGGCAGACGAUUGAUAGUGGUGACAAUUUAGUAUGUUCCUUUGAUGUUGAGAAUACUGAUCUAGUAAUUGACGAACCGCAGUUCGAAUGGCUUUUUGAUUAUUGUAUGUCAAUAGUCGAUAGAAUUGGUCCUGCUUUAUCAGACUUUAAAAGGUUGUCGAAUGCUAAUAAUAAAAGUGUCUCUGAGUUAGUCUACAAAAUUUCCACGGCAGGAAGAGAUUUUCAUAUUGAUCAUGAUCCAGGAGUAUUGACUAAGCCGGCAUCUGUAUUGAGGUCCCAAAAUGAUCAUAUUAGAUUUUUUGAUAGUUGGAAGGUUAUGACACGUUUACGUCAUAUCUUUGACCACUUACCUGAGAAUUGGCUUAACGAUCAGGAUCAGCUAUUUAAAAACUUUGAAUGGGAAGCACCUGAUGAUGCAUACGAUGAAGUCUUGGACAUAUUUUCUCAGUGGAGAAGUUGGGAAGUUGAUGAUAUUCGAAGGAGUUACUUUUUCAAUUUUAUAUUCUCUAAAAGACAAGAAGAUAAAAUAGAGAAUCAUCAUGAUACUGAUUUUAAAAUACAUUUAAAUGAUAUUAAUAUUACAUUAAUGGGCGCCGAGAAUGAUGCAGACUUCAUAGAUUUCCAUGAAUUAACCACAACGUAUUCACAUUCAUUAGAAAGGUUCAAGGAUUUGACUAAUAUGAACUUGGGAAUUAUCGAGUCGAUAUUACAUUGCAGUAUUUUAUUUAACUUGGAAUCCUACAAAAGUAAGAUUUCACCCUUGGCCUUAUCUUUGUAUUCUCCUUUACUAAGAAAGAUGUCCCUGAGGUCAAAUAAUGAGCAAUGUGAGAAUAAGGUAUCUAAGAGUGAAUCUAUUCAAGGAUCCAAUAAUAUUAGUUUGGAGUUUAUUUCGAAUGUAAAUGAAUCUCUGCAAAGAAUAUCAUUUCCGUAUACUUCCAUUGAACUUUGUUCAUCACUGUUUUCAAGUUCGGGCCAAGUUUUUGCUCUUAAGGAAAUAUCAGACAUGAUACCCUUCAGCUUGUCGGUCGUUGCAGGUACAUUUGAUUUUGCUUUAUCAGUGAAUGAGAACAAGCUUGCUUCGAUAGAAUUUGAAAGUUUUGGUUUAGAAGCUGCAAACUUUGGGACUUUAAGAAAUGGGGUUAAAAUUAUUGAUACAUCUAUUGGCAAAUGUAAUUUUAAUCUUUUAGAUCAAAAUGAUACAUUAUGCGAUUCUUUGAAGUACAUGCUUGAUAAUGACGGAGAAUUUCUCAAAGAAACAUUUUUGGACUAUAGUGAUUCGAGAAAAGUGAGCGAUGCUUCUGAUAAAGUGUCUGAAGAGAGCAGAUAUUUAUUUGAAAAAAUAGGAAGUGUUUCCAUAGAAUUUCAUGUCAAUGAACUUCAUUGGUUUAUUGAUAUAAUCCAUCCUUUGAAGUUAAAGGGAAUUGUAGAUGAUAUUCAUUUAUCAUGGCACUUAGCGGAAGGAAUAUCGCUUUUCGAAUCUUUCGUACAAAAAUUAACGUUUGGCUCUAGUAUCAACAAGACAUCGAUUAUAGAAUUUGAGAAUUCACAAAUACUUAAUUCUAUUAAAUUCAGCCUAAUAGAUGAGAAGUAUGUCAUAUCCACUUCAUCUAGCUUGGGCUAUACCAAAGUUUUUAUACCUAAAAUAAUCAAAUCCAUAGAAGUCGUGGCGGCUAACUUAGACCUCGUGGAAAGCAAGAUUAAACGUCUAAAUAUAGUCAUCAAGAAAGAUGCGUGCAAGGAGAGCUCAAAUUCAGAUGAUAGCAAUAUAAAUCUUAAGAAGAGUUUUGAAAGGUUUGUGCUUAGAUCAAAGUUCACCAACGAUUAUAUUGGGUUUUCGACCUUUGUAGAUACAUCCAAGAUAGCCGUUGAGCUAGAGAAUUUUUCAUUAGGUAUUUAUAACUUUGAAAAUAUUAUUCAAAUGGAAAUAAUAUAG